GGGAGGCAGCCGACUGAAGAGCUGGGGGCUGGAGGCCACUGGCUGGGGCUAAAGGCAGCCCAAGAGUGAGGUCGCUCAGCUGGAGGAAAGAGACAGCUCCAAAAGCCCCAGGCAGAGGCCCCACAGAGAUGGAGCAGAAGGAGGAGAAGCCCUCUGAGGAUGGGACCACUGUCUCCCCAACCCCAGAGGCCCCUGUGACGCAGGGAAGUGGAGCCUCUGCAGGAGAGGCCAAAAGCACGACGGAGGUGAGUGGAGAAGAGGGGCCUCUGGAUGGAGCGGGAAAGCAGGAAAGAGCACCAGCCGAGGACGGCGCCCCAGCUGGAGUUCAGGGAGAAGCCGAUGGGUUGGAUGAGGUCAAGGUGGGAUCCAAAGCAGAGGCUGAACUUCACAAGGGAGACAGCAGGAAGGAAGAGACCACAGUGGCUCCUCAGAUGACCUAUGGGAAGGAAGAGACCCAGCCCGACCCCAGGGAGGCUGAGGAAGCGCAGGGGACCAUGCCGGCCUCUGAGAAGCAGCAAGCUGAUGAGAAGGACGCCAAGCCUCCAUCCAGGGAGGAAGCCGGUGGGAACGAUGAGACCAAGGCUGAGCUCAAACGUGCUGCUGGGGAGCAGGAGGCCAAGACCGAAGCCAAGGAGGCUGACGGGAAGGAGGAGGCCACGACAGCCUCUCAGGAGAAGAGCAGCAAGACAGAGGAGCCCACAGCUGAAGCCCAGAAGAAAGCCAGUGCCCCAGAGGCCCCCGCAGACUCUCAGAAGAAGGCUGCUGUGGAAGGGGAGACUGACGCUGAACCUCAGGAAGCUGACGUGAAGAAGGAGGUGGAGCCAGGCAGUCCCAAGGAAGAGCAGGACGGGGGUGCGCAGAUAGAGUCGGAGGAAGGAGCAGGGGUGAUUCCCAGCUCCCCUGAGGAAUGGCUCGAGAGCCCCACAGAAGAGGGCAGUGGCCUCAGCCCAGAUGGGCUGGGUCCAGACUUGGCAGCUUCUGGAGAGACCAGUCCUUCAGCCAGUGAGUCUUCACCCAGCGAUGUGCCCCAGAGUCCCACAGAGCCCCCUCCCUCCCAGGAGAAGAAGAAAGAGAAGGCACCAGAGCGCAGGGUGUCAGCCCCUGCCCGGCCACGGGGGCCCAGAGCCCAGAACCGCAAAGCCAUCGUGGACAAGUUUGGCGGGGCCGCGACGGGCCCCACAGCCCUGUUCCGAAACGCGAAGGCCGCAGGGGCAGCCAUCGGCGGGGUCAAGAACAUGCUCCUGGAGUGGUGCCGGGCCAUGACAAGAAACUACGAGCACGUGGACAUCCAGAACUUCUCCUCGAGCUGGAGCAGUGGCAUGGCCUUCUGCGCCCUCAUCCACAAGUUCUUCCCCGACGCCUUCGACUACACAGCGCUGGAGCCCACGCAGCGCCGGCACAACUUCACCUUGGCCUUCGACACAGCAGAGAAACUGGCAGACUGUGCCCAGCUGCUGGAGGUGGACGACAUGGUGCAGCUGGCGGUGCCUGACUCCAAGUGCGUCUACACCUACAUCCAGGAGCUGUACCGCAGCCUUGUGCAGAAGGGGCUGGUGAAGACCAAGAAGAAAUGAGGAGCGGACCGGCCCUGUGGGUGGAGAUGGGCAGAGUAGGGGCCCGGGCCCAGGCAGGUGGCACCAGUCUUAAAUGCAUUAAAAGUCCUUUUAUAAAAUCCUGUCUGCCCCCUUGGUGCAUCCCCC